CAGGACAAGAGCGGGCAUCAUCUCGGGUGAGAGAGAGCGGAGAGGCCACUUUGUCCCAGGGCAUCCUUUUCUCUCCCCGGCGACGUGGUCUUGGGCAGAGUUCCUGAAGCAUCGGCCCAUAACUCCUUUCUCGUCUGUCGCAAGGAGGUGAACUAAAGCCACACGAUGGAGGCCAUCAAGAAAAAGAUGCAGAUGCUCAAGCUCGACAAGGAGAACGCCCUUGACAGAGCGGAGCAAGCAGAGGCAGAUAAAAAGGCAGCAGAGGAGAGGAGCAAGCAGUUAGAAGAUGAGCUGGCGGCAAUGCAGAAGAGACUCAAGGGUACGGAGGAUGAACUGGACAAGUAUUCAGAGGCCCUGAAAGAUGCCCAGGAAAAACUGGAACUGGCUGAGAAGAAAGCGGCUGAUGCUGAGGCGGAGGUGGCCUCUUUGAACCGCCGCAUCCAGCUCGUUGAAGAGGAGUUGGACCGGGCCCAGGAGCGCCUGGCCACGGCCCUGCAGAAACUGGAGGAGGCUGAGAAGGCAGCGGACGAAAGCGAGAGGGGGAUGAAGGUGAUUGAGAACCGGGCCCUGAAGGAUGAGGAGAAGAUGGAACUGCAAGAGAUCCAACUCAAAGAAGCCAAACACAUCGCAGAGGAGGCAGAUCGCAAGUAUGAGGAGGUGGCCCGCAAGCUGGUGAUCAUUGAGGGUGACCUUGAGCGGACCGAGGAGCGGGCGGAGGUGACGGAGUCCAAGUGUGCUGAGCUGGAAGAGGAGCUUAAAAACGUGACAAAUAAUCUCAAGUCACUGGAGGCCCAGGCCGAGAAGGUAGGCUUGCCCUUUUCCCUGGUUAUUCCUUGUUCCUUUCAUUCCUUCUCUCCCCCCCCCCCCCCCCCCCCACCCCCUCCUUCUCUCUCAGUGGCUGCCUGGGCGCUUCACCUUCUAGGUCUCAAAGGAUCCGCCCGACACAACAAAAAGAUGAGCAACAGCUGCUUUACACUCUUACACAAGCUUUAA